CAGAUCCUGAUCCUGAUCCUGGAGUCUGACUCUGAGUCUGAGUCUGAGCUCGGGAUCCACCUGCAGUGCGGCUCCUCUCCGGCUCCGGCUCCUCUCCUGCUCCUCCUGCACACAUUUUACCUUUUUUAACUGCACCAAACCGACACCUCACCUCCUUCACCUGAAUGUUUUAACCCCGGAAAAAAAAGCCACAGCUGCCUGAAACAUGGAGCAAAAACGCGACAAGAGCCACGAAGGAGACCAGGAGAGGAUCUCGCCGGUGCUCCUCAAGUCACGCACGGGAGAAUUUGACCUGGAAUCAAUACUUUUUCUAAAACUGAGAAAUCUGGGGAUACAUGAUCUCGGCUGCAUCGGGGAGUGCAUUAAUCUGGAGCGACUGGACCUGUCUGGAAAUAACAUCACAAGUUUAGCUCCGUUGGCGUCGCUUCGGCUUCUGUCCGUUCUGAACCUGUGUGCGAACAGGAUUUCCAACGUAGAUCCUCUGCGCAACUGUGAAUCUUUACAGAACUUGAACUUGGCUGGUAAUGUUAUAAACAGCUUUGAAUGCCUUUACGCCCUUCAGUCUCUGAGAAAACUUGAAAAUAUUCGCCUUAAAGACAACACGUACAAUUAUUCCAACCCAGUGUGUCGAAGCACUGCGUACAGAGCUCACGUUUUAGAAAUGUUUCCCAACAUCAAGGUUCUCGAUGGUGAGCGAGUUGUCGGCCGGGGGAGUGAUCUGUACCAGUUGUGUAAAGAUAUUGAUGAUACGAUUAAAGCUGGUUCAUAUAAAAACGGGCAGCUGGUGGAGCACUCGGACUGUAAGCCCUGGGUGGAGGAUAACUUCUGGGAAAUCAAGAGGUCUAAUAACGCCAUAGUGGACGAAGCCUAUAAACAGUUUAACGACGUUCUUCACGAAUGCCGACUGCUGAACAACCGAGCCACUCACGUCAUCUCUCAGACGGAGCGGUCCAUGAGCCUGAAGAAGCAGUCCAAGCAGUACGCCAUCUGAGUCCACCAGCUCGUUAAAGAGAAUUUAGCUGCUUUAGCUCCAUGAUCCCGAGUCAUGGCUGUUCGUACUGUUGGUUUCAGCUUUACCCUCAAGUGUCAGUGACGCGCGCUCGCCACAGGGCAGCCAUUCAUCCUCUAUGCACUGAUCAUUUAAGUGAAUUUACUGGAGGUGAGCAGCUUAACGUUUUCCACC